CCUAUCAUUAUAUCAGCUUCGCGGUUCAUUAUUUCGAGAUUAAUGAUCUAUUAUUGACAUCGUAAUUCUCAUAAUAUGUCAAUAACUCUUCGCUGUUAGUGCUGUUACAUUUGACAACAUCGGACAUUGGAUACUGGUGACACUACACGAAAAUAAUUGAUUUUUUGUAGACAUCGUGUCGAGAAAUCUGUCAACAGUUUGAGGCUGUAUGGUACUUUAAGAAUAUUAAAAAUGAGGGAACAUCGAAAUAACUUGUUAAUCCAAUUUGGAUUUAUCUGCAUCUUCGCGCUCAAUGCGAAUAUUAUAUACGGUGAUACAAUUGCGAAAACGCCAAAUGGUAUAUUGCACGGAAAGCGAAUGCCCACCCGACUUGGAAGAAACAUUAACGCAUUCCUGGGAAUUCCCUAUGCUGCACCGCCAGUCGGAGAACUCAGAUUCAAGCCACCACAACCACCGACAGCUUGGAACGGCACCCUAGAUGCUACAAAAAACGCCGAGAUAUGCACGCAACGGAACGUUUACGUCGAUCAGAAGGAAAUUGUCGGCAACGAGGAUUGUCUUUACCUGAAUGUCUACACGCCCUGCUUGCAAUGCACCCAAGACCACUCGGAUUCCGAUCAUCAUCACGAACAUGAACAGCAGCGUAAGGCUUUUGCUAGAUUCCCAGUCAUGAUUUGGUUCCACGGCGGCGGAUGGCUCACCGGGGCCGGUCAUUCUGAAUUUUACGGACAUAAGUUCUUGCUGGAUUUUGACCUCGUCCUCGUCACCAUAAAUUUCCGACUUGGACCAUUGGGCUUCUUGAGUACGGAGGAUCUGGAAUGUCCAGGAAAUCUAGGAUUAAAGGAUCAGCAGCAAGCUAUGCGAUGGGUGCACGAGAAUAUCGUUUACUUUAGCGGUGAUCCGAAUAAAGUGACCCUCUUCGGUGAAAGCGCCGGCGGUGCAAGUGUUCACUACCAUAUGGUCAGCCCACUUUCAGCAGGACUUUUCCACCGCGGUAUUUCACAAAGCGGCAACUUCUACAACCCGUGGACUUUAGCGUCACCGGGAGUUGCCAAAAUGAGAGCCAUGACCUUGGGUAAGAAUUUAGGAUGCAAUUCGGAAAAUUCUAAGGAGCUCAUUAAAUGCCUGCAAACGAAGAGUGCGGAGGAAAUCAUUGGUACUGACCAACUUUUCAAGAAAUUUGGCUACUGUCCAAUGAUACCAUUUCGACCGGUAAUCGAACCCAAGCAUCCAGGUGCUUUCCUGAUAGAGGAUCCUUUAAUUUCGGUACGAGAAGGUCGUCUCCUUGAUAUACCCUGGAUGACAGGAAUCACAUCGGAAGAAGGAACUUUGAGAGUAGCAGGUAUUUACGGACGGGAAAACAACGUGAAAGAAUUGGAGAAGAACUUUAAUGAAAUUGCGCCCAUCAGUUUAUUAUAUGGCGAAAGAUAUAAUAUCGCAAAUGAAGAUUUGCGAAAUGAGAUAAGUGCUACUAUUCACGAUUUUUAUUUCGGCUACAAAGCUAUUGAUCACAGUGAUGAUUCCAGAUUCAAAGUCAUCAAUAUGUAUAGCGACUACUGGUUUAACCAUGGUACCCACGAAGCUGUGCAAGACUUUAUUGUAAACCAAACGUCACCAGUUUUUUAUUAUUAUUUCGCGUACAGAGGAAGCGCUUCCUUCAGCACGAUAUUCGGCGAUCGAGAAAGAGAUUAUGGAGUAUCGCAUGCGGAUGACUUACAGUAUUUGUUCCCCGUGGGAGAACAAUUGUUUACCUAUACGACAUUGUCCGAUAAAGAUCAGGAAAUGAUCGAUGUCAUGACUGACAUUUGGUAUAAUUUUGCAAAUUCCGGAAAUCCUACGCCAAAAGUCACCAAAGUGAUUCCAUUGAAGUGGAAGCCCGUGAAAACAGCUUAUGCACCGGAAUACUUACGCAUAGAAAGCCCAACGAAUAUCAUUAUGGAUCAUAGUCUUCUCUGGGAGAGAAUGAUAUUUUGGGAUUCCUUAACACGCCGGAUGAAGUCCCAAGACAAUACGUUUAGACAUCUGAAGGAUGAAUUGUAAUUUGCACAUCUACACAUAAGUUGAAGACAAAAAUAUCUCAUUGUCAGUACGGCUGCAAGAAUCAAUAAUUUCGUG